AUGUCGAAGUUCCCUGAAGUACAGGGCGGAGGCUCAUUAAUUCUUGCUUGGCAGAUAAAAGACAAACAUGUAUUAGUGGUUGGAGGUGGAGAGGUUGCCGCGGGGCGCAUUCUAAAUACCCUCAAUGCCGACGCACGGGUCACCGUGGUUUGUCCCGCCUCCGGAUUGAACGAAGAAGUUGCAUUUCGAGUCGCCCAAAAGCAAAUCACACAUAUCGACCGCAACUUUGAGCCAUGCGACCUUGACGGCGUGGACAUGGUACUCUGCGCCAUUGAUGACCCAGAGGCUUCUUCGCAAGUCUGGAAGCUCUGCAAGGAGAGACGCAUUGCAGCCAACAUUGCCGACGUUCCACCUGAAUGCGAUUUCUAUUUUGGAAGUGUUCAUCGCGACGGACCACUGCAGGUCAUGGUCAGUACCAAUGGAAAUGGACCGAAGUUGGCCAGUAUCGUGCGCAAAAAGAUCGCCGAGACUUUGCCGGCGAAUACGGGAGCAGCCAUUGAGAAUGUAGGAAAGCUACGGAAGAAACUCCGCGAGGUUGCUCCAAACCCAGAUCAAGGACCGAAGAGAAUGAAAUGGAUGUCUGGUGUAUGCGAGCAAUGGAGCUUGGAGGAACUUGUCGCAAUGACUGAGAAGGACAUGGACAGCGUGCUCAGUUACUACGAGUCAGGCAAGGUGCCCACGUUACAAGAAGUACAAAAGUAA